GCAACGUUGGUCGUCGUAUAUGACGUUUCAACGUCACAAUUUUCUGUUUGUUUUGAAAAAUUGUUAUGUUUUGGAGAGAGUAAUGCCUUGUGGAGAUUUUUUACUGCAAGGUUACAAUAAAAUUCACACGCCGUGUUACUAUGAGUGAUACUGAUGAUACAGAAGAUUUGUUACUGAUUCCUCCUGAUUUUUUUGUGGUAGAAUCUGAUUCCAGUCUCGUGGGUCCUUAUUAUAAUAUUGUCAACAGUCUCAUAAAGCAAGUAGAUAAUCUCAAAAAUCGAAUAACAUCGAUCGAAUGUAAUGAAAGUUUUUUGAGUAGUUCAUUGGAUUAUUACAUAGAAUCCCCCCAUAAAAUGCAAAAUUCUGUGAAAGGAUUCAGAAAAUAUAAUAGCACUGACGAUAUUUGUCUUCCUAGUAGUGCACAAAGUACUCCUCAAAAACCUCUCACAAAAUUUAAAUUGAAUUCCUUACCAGCAAGUCCCAACUUGGAUAGAUUCAAUAUCGGUAGAACCUCAGGCCUAGAUAAAGAACCUAUCACAACAAAACUCAAUGAUCUUGCUAAAGUUGGUAGUACAUUACCUACUAAUCCAGUGAAAGAGGAUGAUCUCAUGCUGGGAGAAAUAGACGUCUUUUUGUCCAAGGUAAAAACAAUUCAGAGACUGAAUACUGCAAGAAAUUUGGAAAAUGAAUUCAAUAGGUACAAUUUGACUAGCCAAAAAAAUAAUGAUAUUGAUGCUUCCCAAAAAAAUGUUGAUCAACAGCAACAAAAAUGUGAUAUGCAAUCAACAGCUAUAAAAGAGCGUUCCCCUGUGAAGAAGAAUACUUUUCAAUCUGGUGAUAAAUCAGAAAGUGUGCCUGAUUUGAAGAAUGAUGUGGGAGAUAUUAUUUACAAUGAUAGAAUAUCGGCUGUGUAUCAAAGUAAUUAUGAAAAACACACAAAUAGACCUGAGAUUACAGAAGAAAAAUAUCUUCUGAAUUCAAACAAUCAUAUGAAUUUUACAAAUGACUCAUCAAGCAGCUUUGAUAGAUAUCCUCUCUCAGAUAGCAGUACAGAUUCAACUCUGGUGACCCGAUAUGAGAGACAUACGAGAAACAGAAGUGAUUUGGUAACCAGCCCAUUACAUUCUAAUGCCCUUAGUAUUCUCAAUGUACACAAACAAUUAUUAGAAACUAAUGGGAUAAAAAAACAUGGAGAUAAAGCAAAAGAUCCAAAACCUAGGAGUAGUAAUACAAUGGGAACUAGUAUAGGCAAAAAUCUAGGUUUGCUGAGCUUAGCGGAUAUUUGGAGUAACAAUUCUGAGAUACAAUUGAACCAGUCACAGUUAUCUCAGAAGCUACAAGAAGAAAAAUUGCGACGGCAGCACUGUGAAGAUAUGAUUCAAAAGUUACAAAACCGUAAUUUGGAAUUACAAGAGAAAUUAUCAGUUGCCAUAAAGGUAGAUGACUCAAAAAAUAAAGCAAUACAUCAAUUCCAAGACGCACUUGAAAAAAUUCUGAUGAAAUUAGAAAGAAUUGAUAAAGAGAAGCGGGAAUAUGAAAAUGAGAUAUCAAAAUUGAAGAAAAAACACUUGAAUGAAAUGGAAAAUGCUACUCAGAAACUGAUUUACUAUGAACAAGAAGUAUCGAAAGCUGUCAGUCUAGCCCACAGCAAUGAGGAAAAAAUGUCCAUAAUGGAAAAUAGAUGCUUUGAUUUACAGAAUGAAAUACAAUCGGUGGAAGUGAAGUACAAAGAUCUUCAAGAACAUUAUGAAAGAGAAAUAGAAAGAAAUAAACAACUUUCAGAACUUCUAAACAGUAAAGAAAUGGAAUUUAUUGAGAAUAAAAGUGUAUUGAACGAUGCAAAAUCUGAAAUGGCUAAAAGUAGGAAAACUAUUGAAGUGUGCCAAACAGACCUCAAUAAGAUGAAGGAUGAAAACUCCCACCUACAAAAUGAUCUGAAGUAUGAAAAGGAACAAAAUGUCAAAUUGAAUGGUGAGAAAAAGAAGUUGAUGAGUGAACUUGAUGGUUUCCAAACUCGAGAAAAUGAAUUGAAAGCAGAAUUAUCUAGAGUUAAAAAAGAAAUGGAGAAUAAUAAAAUGGAAUUGAGGCAUUUUUAUCAAGGACAGGUAGAGAUUUUAGUUCAAAAUAAAUUGAAAGAAUUUCAGAGUCAGUUAGAUCAAGCGCAAGCCAGUUUCAAAGAAGAUAUUAAGAAGCGUGAACUGUCCAUCGCCAAAACAGCUGCAACACAUAUUCAACAAAUAUCCGAAAAAAACUCCCUUGAAAUAAAACUCUUGGAGAAGAAACAUCAUGAAGAAAUAAAAUUACUUCAGUUUCAAAUAGUUCAACACAAACAACAAGCAGAUAUCUUACAGAAUAAGUUCGAACAACUUCAAGAAAAAAGAUUGCAGAUUGCUAAACAACUUCAAAAAGUUAUGGAAUCUCAGUGGACAGAAACCUUCAGAAUAAUUGCUAGUGGAAAAAGCCCCACUCUCAAUGAUGAAACUACUUUCAGUACAGUCGAUCAAUUGAACUCUCUUAAAACAAGAUCAUAUAGUAAUGUAGAGGAAGUGUUGGCCCAGCAGCAUGAAGAACAAUUCAAUAUUAUAAAAAGACGUGACAGACGAGAAAACAGUGUUUUUGGCAAUGGAUAUAAUGAGAAAGUCCUUCAGGAUGCGGUUGUAUGUAUGGAUGAAACUCCUGUAAGCAGUAGGACAAAAGAUAUGGAGGCACCUGUGGUAUCCAGUAAAAUAAAAGGGAACCAGUUCAGUGAAAAUGAUAUACAAAAAUACAUCCAUUUGUUACUGAAUAGAAAACCCAGUAAUCCCACCCAAGAUGAGAGUGUUGAAGAACAAGGAAAAGUAAAAUGUGAUAAUGAAGACCAUACAUCUUGGCUACACGAAAAAGAAGUCAUAAACAGAUCAAAUUUAAAGGGACACCAGAAAGAAGAAAAGUACCCUAAACCACCUUGGAAAUAACAUUCAGAUGAUUAUUGAAUUGUAAUAUAAUGAAGAACUUUUAUUUAUUUUUAUUUUGUUAGAGAAAAUAUAUUUUAGUCUAGAA